AUGAUCAAUAUUAAUAAGUUUGUAUCAGUUUUCAUCAUGAAACUCAUUCUCUUAACGGUAGCAGCCUUGUUAGUCCGUGUGUCUCAAGCCAGUCUAACUCCACAGGAACAGCUAGAGUAUCUCAAUCCUCAUAAAACAGCUAGGGAAUCGGUUCCUAAUUGUCCUGCAAUAACUUGGAACGCUACGACAGAAGCAUUUGCUCAAACUGUCGCUAAUUCAGGAAAGGUAACUUGUUCAUUCCCGCCGUUGAGUGGUUGCAACAUCAUCUCUGGUAGUACCAUUACUGGAGGGCAGGCUGUAAACAAAUGGGUUGCACAGAAACCCUAUUAUGUUUACGCAACAAAUACUUGUGCAACAGGAACUGUGUGUGCACAUUACACGCAAGUGGUUUGGAGUGCCUCGAUUGGGUUAGGGUGCGCAAGAGUCACCUGCACAAACAACGCUGGGUACUUAGUUGUCUGCUGCUACAAUCCUGCAGGUAAUGUCGCAGGCCAACGUCCUUAUAUAGAGUGA